AUGGAGAUAGUUGAAAUAGAAGGUUCUGAUGACGACGGGAAUCAAGCACUGGAGUCUGUUGUAGGUGCUGAUGGACUAAGGCAGUUCAUCAUGUUACCAGAGUGGACAGUGCAUAGGUUCACAUCCGUCAUCAGAGAGAGACAUUUCAGUACUUUUAGAACAAACUUCCAAAUCCCGGACUACAUUUCCAUCCGUCUACCCUAUGUGUCAGAGAAGUGUUACUAUGACGAGGUAGACGGCGCCCGCAAGUUAGCCUUGAGGAAUUUAGUUUCCUUGAAAAGAUUUGCAGAAAAACUAAGCCGGAGGAAAGAACCUGGGCUAAAGAUGGAAGACGCAAAAAGGAGAGUUUUAAUUAAAUCUCAAGCCGUCAAGAAGAAGGAAUCCGGCGAGGUGGUACCUAAGGGGUCGGCUUCAGCCCCGAAGAGGAAACCGACAUCAAAAUCUGACCGUCCGUUUAAGCAACCCAAGAUCUCUCUUGAACCUGUGGUUGGCUUGAUGGCUGAGGGUGUCAAGACCGUCGCCUCAGCUAAGCAUGGGACGGGAAAAGGUUUCAUGACGGCCCCAGACUCUAAACAAGAGAGACCUCCUCCCCUCCUCCGUGACGACUCCAAGUAUGCGUUGGAAAAGCUGUCGUCCAUUAUUACGGCGGAGGAUUAUGAGGAUCUGGGAAACCACUCGACGGAGGCUAUGGGAGAGACGGGCCUCUUUGCUGUUGCUCAGUCCUUGGUCAUGAUGAAGGAAUUACUGGACCGGUGUCUCAAUCGUGAGACUACUUUGGACUGGGUGCGAGCAAAGGCGGAACAGACGGAGGAGGAGCUUGGUCAACUCCAUAAAUGGAGGUCCAAUAUGGAGAAGAAGCUGGAGCUUUCUGAGAAGGCAAGGAAAGAGCUGGAGCAGAAGUCGGACGAGGCGUUGACGGUUAUAGAGAAGAAGGAGAAGGAGAUCAAGGAACUGAAGGAGGAGAUCCGUCAUGCUAAAGAGGUAGCCGUCAAGGAGUACCGCGACUCAGACUCCUUGUUGAGCGAGCUGGCAGACUCUUUCCUGCAAGGCUUUGACGACUCGCUCCGUCAGGUCAAGAAGGCCUACCCCGAACUGGAUGUGUCAAUGAUCAAAGUUGACGAUCAAGGCCAAACUUCUGCUCUUCCCGUCUCUUCCGAAAAUACGAAGGACCUCUUUGGGGACGGUACAGCUCAGGACGACGGAGAGUCAACCUUGCCGAAGGAUGUUCCGGAUGCCGACCCGAAGAAAGUUGAUUGA